AUGAAAGGACUUAAACUCCACCCUCCCAGUUUUGUUCACAAUGGUCCUGGUCUGAGAGUCGAGACUGUGUGAGAGCAGGACCUGCAGGAUCUGAUCAGACCAGGAGCUCAGUCAGCCAUGGCCUCAGCCAACUGUUCAGGAUGUGGACCAGGAUACCGCAGUCCACUGGAUGCUAUGAAGGGUCGUCGGGAGGAGAUCGUUUACCUGCCCUGCAUCUACCGCAACACUGACAUCCUUAAACCCGACUACCUCGCCACUGUUGACAUCGACCCCAAAUCCUCCACCUACUGCCAGGUCAUCCACCGGCUGCCGAUGCCGAACCUUCGUGACGAGCUGCAUCACUCUGGCUGGAACGCCUGCAGCAGCUGCUUUGGCGACGCCUCCAAGAAGAGAAACCGUCUGAUUCUACCGGCGCUCAUCUCCUCUAGAAUCUAUGUGGUUGAUGUCGGGACAAACCCCAGAGCUCCUCAGAUCCACAAGAUAGUGGAGCCUAUCAAUCUGUACUGGAAGUGUGGUCUGGCAAACCCUCACACCACCCACUGUCUGGGCAGCGGUCAGAUCAUGAUCAGCUGUAUGGGAGACCCGUGCGGCAACGGCAAAGGUGGUUUUGUCCUGCUGGAUGGUGAGACGUUCGAGGUAGUCGGUAACUGGGAGCACCCGGGUGAAGCGGUGCCCUUUGGAUAUGACUUCUGGUACCAACCUCGGCACAAUGUGAUGAUUAGCAGUGAAUGGGGUGCACCUAAAUCUCUGGUUGAUGGUUUUAAUCCAGCCCACGUCAAAGAAGGUCACUACGGCAGCUCCCUCCACAUCUGGGACUGGACCACCCACAGGAGGCUGCAGACACUCGAUCUGGGUGAGGAGGGUGCAAUUCCCCUGGAGGUCCGAUUUCUGCACGACCCUGAUGCCACCGAGGGCUACGUGGGAUGUGCUCUGCAGGGAACAGUCUUCAGAUUCUACAAAACACCAAAAGGAGACUGGGCUGCAGAGAAGGUGAUCAGUGUUCCCAGUAAGAAGGUAGAGGGGUGGGCGCUGCCUGAGAUGCCUGGACUGAUCACUGACAUCCUGAUCUCACUGGACGACCGUUUUCUUUACUUCAGUAACUGGCUGCAUGGUGACGUCAGACAGUAUGACAUCACAGACAGGAGGAACCCGCGAUUGGUCGGCCAGGUGUUUCUAGGAGGAAGUAUCAUCCGUGACGGUCCGGUCAAAGUCCUGGUAGACCUCGAGAACCAGCCGCAGCCCCCCCCACGCAUCAUCAAGGGGAAGCGUAUCCCUGGAGGUCCUCAGAUGUUACAGUUGAGUUUAGACGGACGGAGACUUUAUCUGACGACGUCUCUCUACAGCGCCUGGGACAAACAGUUCUACCCCGACAUGAUCAA